CUCUCGAAACACCAUCUGCGUUCAGUCUUGGUUGUCAUUCCUGUCGUCUCUUAUUUCCUCCGUUCAUCCAAAGAACAUAGUGUACCAUCUGUAUCAUUAUCCCUUUCCUCAAUUGCUCUGUCAAUUCCUUUGAUACCCCUCUGCCAUCUUAAUCAACCUCCACAGACGAAACAAUGGAUAACAAGGAAGACAUCCAUGAAGUCAACUCCCAUUCCCACCACAACGAGCACCGCCGCCCGUCGGACCCUCACCAGCGCGUCGACAGCCACCAUCGUCGUGUGCCCAAUGGCGGCGGCUACAAUGGCGAGUACCCAGAGGACGAGUACAUGGCGCCCCAUGCCAGCCGCGACGACGCACUCAAGAGGAUGAGAACGGCCGGGUCAAUCUCCAUGUCGCCCGAGCUGUUUGAGAAGCUGUAUCUUUCACCGCAGAAUAACGUCAAGGGGGAUCUGCGCAAGACCUUUGGUAACCCGACUCCGAUCGCCAUUGUUGGAUUCCUCAUCUCACUGACGCCUCUUGCUUGUGACUUGAUGGGUUGGAGAGGAGCUGGCGGAAGCGGUGCGGCAGGCAUCGGCUCAUACUUCUUCUUCGGCGGUCUCCUCAUGUUCGUAGGCGGCCUCCUCGAAUGGGUCCUCGGCAACACCUUCCCCUCUGUCGUCUUCCUUACCUUCUCCUCCUUCUGGUUCACUUUUGGCGCGACUCUGAACCCCUCCUUUGCCGCCUUCUCAUCGUACGCACCCGCGAACGCGACGUCUGGGGCCGAAGGUUUGACGACGCAAGGGUUCAAUGCUAGUUUCGGCUUCAUCACACUCGCGAUGGGCAUGAUCUGCGUUGUAUUCCUCAUCUGCUCGCUCCGCACCAAUAUUGUCUUCUUCCUCAUCUUCUUGACGCUCGUUGCUGCGUUCGGGUUGAUUACGGCCGCGUAUUGGUUCCUUGCCAUGGAUUACACUGGCAAUGCUGCCUACGCCGCAAAACUCCUCCAGGCUGCCGGUGCUUUCGCGUUCGUGACUUGUGCCGCUGGUUGGUGGCUCAUCUUCGCUAUCCUCUUGGCAUCGCUCGACUUCCCCUUGGAACUUCCCGUUGGAGACCUGAGCAGAGUGAUUCGUGGAAAGAGCGAAAAGAGCCAAGUUUAA